AUGUCAGAAGACGAUCCCAGCAAUGCCGCUCGAGUGGUGGGACGCGUUAGUAUCCGCCCGCCAAAAUUCACUAAGGAAAAACCGGUAAUAUGGUUUAUUCAGAUGGAAACGCAAUUUGCAACGAACGGAAAUACGCAGGAUCUCACCAAAUUCCACCACGCGUUACAAGCUCUCGACGCAGAUGUACUCGCCGAGGUAAGUGAAUUACUCACUAAUCCUCCUGAGUUUAAUAAGUACGAAGCACUAAAAUCAUGCAUUUUGAGGGAGUUUCAAGACAGUGAAGAAAAACGUCUGAAAACACUAUUAAAUCAGACAGAACUCGGCAUUCAACGCCCAUCUCAUCUGUUAAGACGCAUGAGAGAUCUGGCAGAAAAUAAAGUAUCCGACGAACUCCUCAAAUCUUUAUGGAUGCAGCGUCUUCCAACCAAUACACAGACAGUACUUUCCACUAGCGAGGAUACACUAGACAAGCUUGCAACAAUGGCAGAUCGAAUCCACGACAUAGUCCCCACCAACGUUUGCAUGGAAGUUACGCCUGCAGCCACCGGAACAUCACCCUGGGACGGCCAGCUUUCUGAAAUUAUCAAAAGGUUAGAUCGCAUAGAAUCAAAGCAUCGCAAGGCAUCUCCUCGACGGCGUGAGAGAUCUGGCAGCAGAUCAUGUACAAGGUCUUUACCAGCAAGCUCUGAGCACUGCUGGUAUCACAAACGUUUCGGUCAGAAAGCCAAAAAGUGCACCUCACCAUGCAAUUGGAAUGACAAGUCCAGCAAAAAAGAGGAAAACUAG